AUGUAUGAUGAGAAACUUGACUUUCCAACGGAUAUCUCCCACCUCCGCAAUCUCCGUUCUUUGAGAUAUACAUCCCCGCAGCAUCCGGCAGAUCUCAAACUGGUACAGAGGCUUUUCCAGUUGCGCCACCAACUCACUACAUUGGAGUUACAAAUAGGCCCGGAGGAACAAACAUUUGACAUUUUUAACCUCGGCACCCCUGAUAUCAAGAUUUUACUUUUGGGUAGCCAGGAAGCGGGAGAGAGUCAAGCUUUACUCAACCUUGAAACACUAUCACUGGGGAUAUCUCUCAAUCAGAUGGAGGCAGAUAUUGUAUCUGCACUGAAUUUUGACUGCCUACGCUGCUUGAAGCUACACAAUUGCAAUGGAACAUCUACUUUCCUUGAUGCUCUAAGCAAUUCUACCAAACCUUUAAGAUUGGUGUCGUUUCAACUCAAGUUUGUUCCAUCUGGCCUUGAGUUUAGAAGCGCUGAAACUCUGUCUGCUGCUCUUGCAAGUUUCCUUAUGGCAUUUCAAACACUCGAAGAUCUCUACCUUUCGAUACCACGUAUUUCCCUCAAAGCCAUUGAAUGCCAAACUAUCCAGAACCACUAUCCAGCGCUUCGCCGCCUGCUUCUUCACGGCACCAUUCGGCUAGAAGACCCUUCAUCGUAUCCCGUGGAAAUUUCAGAUGACCUCUUUUAUCCCUUACUGACGGGCUCUCCGGUAGAGUGCAUCUCGCUGAGAAUGCAGCUUAAAAUACCAGUGAGUCAAUUAUUUUAUGGAGAAGGGGUGUGCUUGGACGAUGACGAUAUACCUACCGUGGAGGAUUUAAGGAAGUCGGGCAAGGCUUCAAUCUUAUCUCUGCUUGAGUUUGCAGAAUGGGCAUUCAGCGACGAUGGACUGCCUAAGCUCCAGGUUCUCGUAUGGGGACCGCUCACUGGUGAUACAGUCUUUAAGAAUUCACAGAUGUAUUUCUGCAGAAGUGAAGACACAUUCAAAUCACUGACUCGAUUAGAUCACCAUGCCUGGGAUAUUGUGCAGGAAAAUAUGGAUAUGUUGAACUUCACAUACCCAGUUAUAUAA